AUGCGUGAGAAGGUUGUGCCAAUCCCGUUUUUAAGUAGGGAGGUCUCCGCGUGGCUUUAUCGCACAACGCGUCGUGUGCGGGAGCACCCAUACCGGGCCAGUGGCAUUGUUCUUGGCGUUGCCGUGAGUACCAUCCUGUAUGAAGCGAACGUGACGCACAAGGACCGCAUUCCCUCGCCCAAUGUGAACAAUCACCUUGAGUACGAACUCCGUCGCGAGCCGAAGGGUGUGAAAUCGAUGGGAGAGGGUGCAUUGGAGAGGUCGCAGCAUCAGUUAGGAGUUUCUUUGGUGAACAGUCAGACAUUGGAUGAUGAGUGGCGGAAACACAACGCGGCGGUACUGGGACGCGUUAAGGAGCUGGAACAACUCAUUGCGAGCACUAGUGAUUCAGAGAAGCGUGAGGAGCUGCAGCGUCUCCUUGAUGAGGAGAAGGAAUCCGAGAAGAAGCAUGGCGGCACGACAAUGAAGGUGACGAGUGGACAGCUUUAUGUUCGUGAGCCACACUGGAAUAUUCGAAACAAUGAGCGCAAUUGGACGAUUUUGGCGCGUGACCAGCAGCAGCAAAAAGAUCACUACUGGUACCGCCUGGAGAGAAGUCGUGAGGAUGACUUUGCGAGAAACACAUAUUCGCGUUUGUGA